AUGGGAGUUUGCAUCUUCCCACGGUCCAGCACCAUGAUGAAGAAGCCGAGCAGCGCCAAGAGCCAAGCGCGCCCGAAGCGCGUCGAGCGCCUAGGCCACCUCUCGGCGCAGCGACGCGACGCAACCCCGAAGCGCACGCCGCUGCAGCUCGCGCCCUCGGCGCGCGCGGCGAACGCAACCUAUUUAUUGGCCAAGGGCCCCGAUGGCACGCGUGGGUUUUACAGCCGCAGCCAAAAGCUGAGCAUCCACGCCCACGAGUUUGUGCCCAACUCGCGCUAAGCCUCCUCGUCGUCCAUCCACCUCGCUACAUGUUACAUAUCGCUAUCUCAACUUAUUUGAAUCUAAUGAACGCCCAAACGGAUCGGCCCUUCGUGGCCGCACGAUGCAUCAUA